AUGGCAGAUGCUGCAAGCUCGAAUUCAACUUCAUUACUUCCUGCAAAGUCGUGGCAGCACUUCCUUGCUGGAGGUUUAGGUGGCAUGUGCGGGGCUAUUGUCACUAGCCCAUUUGACGUGGUGAAAACGCGCCUACAGUCUAGCCUCUUUCGUGACAAACAACCCGCAAUCGGGAUGGCUACGGGGAACGGAACCUGUGGGUUGGUCGUUGGGCCACCAAGGUCGGGGCUCAUGUAUAACUUUGUCGAAACGGGCUACAUUCUCCGAGAUAUCUACCGAGAGGAGUCUCCGCGGGCUCUUUUCAAGGGGUUAGGCCCAACACUUGUCGGUGUCAUACCCGCGCGUUCCAUCAACUUCUUCGUAUACGGUAACGGCAAACAAAUUAUAGCCAACAAUUUCAACCACGGGGAGGAGAAUUCAUACGUGCACCUUGCCGCUGCUGCGGUCGCAGGGAUCGCAACGGGGACUGCGACGAAUCCGAUUUGGGUUGUAAAGACGCGACUGCAGCUCUCACAGGAGGGCGGCGCGCGAGUUGUUGGAGGAAGCUGGGCAACGAUCAAGGAUAUCCUGCGGAAUGAGGGGAUACGAGGGUUCUACAAGGGUCUCAGCGCGAGCUACUUGGGGGUCACGGAAGGGACGAUACAGUGGGUGCUGUAUGAAAAGUUGAAGAAGAUGAGCGCCGCCACCGAGGGUCAGGGUGGUAUCCAGGAGUGGCUUGGGAUGCUGGGGAGUGCUGGGACGGCGAAGUGUGUCGCCAGUCUCAUCACGUAUCCACAUGAAGUCCUAAGGACGCGUUUGCGACAGCCUAGCGUCAACGGUGUUGUCAAGUACACGGGCUUGCUGCAGACGCUCCGUCUGGUGAUAGCGGAGGAAGGGGCCCGCUCCAUGUACGGUGGUCUGAGUGCACAUCUGAUGCGCGUCGUUCCCAACGCUGCCGUGAUGUACUCAAUAUAUGAGGGCAUUCUGCGGUGGGGAAGUUAG